CAUGUCUUUCAACAGGUCUGAUUGGUAUCGCACAGCCUGGUUCCUCCCCUUUGGAACGGUGCUGCUACCUUGUGCUUGCUCGUUGAUCGCUGUCGGACCUCUGCGCCAAUCAAGAAUGAGACUUUUGGUCCUAGUGUAUAGUUGUUGUUUGAGAGUUCCACGAGCACAUGGCAAACAUAAAGAUGGGCCGAGCCACUUCCCAACCUUGGAAAAACGAUCGCCUCUGUGCAUGUAAACUAGUUUCACACCCUGCUUCCAUCGUUAGGAGUCGCCCCGAAGAGUCUUGGCAGACCCCCCCGUGAUAAUGACCGACUGCACCACCGUCCCAUCUCCGCCUCCGACGGAGAAAACCUUCCGCGCCUUCACCGAGGCGCAGGCCGCGUCCUAUGCCCGGGGCCGGCCGGGCUAUCACCAAUCUCUCUACGACCAGAUCUGCGACCACCACACCUCGACGGGCGGGAAACUCAACACCGUCUUGGACGUCGGCUGCGGGCCCGGCACCGUCACCCGGGAACUCGGCCCGCGAUUCGCACGGGCCAUCGGCCUGGACCCCGCCGAGGGCAUGAUCGUCGCCGCCCGGUCCCUGGGCGGGGUCUCGGCGACCUCGGAGCCCAUCCGCUUCGAGGUCUCCCUCGCCGAGGAGCUGGGGUCGGCACUUUCCCCCGCCAUCCCCGACGCCAGCGUGGACCUCAUCACGGCGGCCACGGCGGCGCACUGGUUCGACAUGCCCGCCUUCUGGGCCGCCGCCGCCCGCGUGCUGAAGCCGGGCGGGUCCGUCGCCAUCUGGACGGGGUCCGCCAAGUACGUGCACCCCGCGACGCCGAACCUCCAGCGCCUGCAGGAGACGCUGCUCGCCUUCCGCCAGGAGCACCUGCUACCGUACAUGGCCCCCGGGAACCACAUGGUCGACGCCUUGUACGCGACGCUGCCGCUGCCCUGGACGCUAGAGGAGCCGGUGACCGAGUUCGAAGAGAGCGCCUUCUUCCGGAGGGAAUGGAACAAGGACGGCGUGCUGACGCCAGGGGACGAGCAUUUCCUGGCGCAGCAGGUGUUUGGUAUGGACGACAUCGAGAAGUUCCUGGAGACGGUGAGCCCCGUCAUGCGGUGGCGCGAGGCGCACCCAGACGCCAUCGGGACAGAGCGGGACGUGGUCAAGAUGCUGCGGGAGACAAUCGAGACCCUGCUUUCCGAAGCAGGCGUGGAGAAGAGCAAGGCCGCCAUCGUCACUAGCGUCGCCGGGGUUCUUCUCAUGGUGAAAAAGAAGGUCUAGAAAGCGGUAACGCUACGAACUCUGUCGGGGUAGGGGGUGGGAGGGCGGUUCCCUGACAGGAGGGGGGGAGUCGUUGAGUGAACGUAGUCGUCAACCCUUGUGUGGGCGUCGAUGGAAUGGCACAGCCCCGGCCACCCGGCCCGCUUGUGACGGUUUUUUGGCGAUAGCCAAGUGUUUGCAUGUUUGUCAAGGCCGCCACAUUCGCGGU